AUGGAUGAGGGUCUUGUGGAGCAUAUCUCAGUAAACGAAAUACCUGAUGCAAAGCAAUGGCUCUUCAUGUUGAAUGAAUCCAUGAGUCAUGAGGAUUUCACAACUGUUGUUGUGAGCCUGUGGGCGAUCUGGACAGCUAGAAGAAAGGCUCUCCAUGAAGAAUUGUUUCAAAGUCCUAUGACUACCUUUGGUUUCAUUCAGUCUUAUCUCAAAGAUCUUCAGCUGAUACCAGCAAAGGUGGAAAGUAAGGUGGAGGCAAGUAGAAGCACUUCAUCAACCAAAAUGAUACGACCACCUCCAUCCUUUAUGAAGAUUAAUGUUGAUGCUGCUAUCUUGCGUACUGGAACAAGGGGAUCAGUGAGUGCUUUGUGUAGAAGCGAGCAGGGUGUUUUUGUUGGUGCUUCAACUAGGGUGAUUGACGGGGUUUUUGACCCUACGAUCAUGGAGGCGAUGGCGUGUGCUGAAGGUUUAUCACUGGCUCAUGAUCUACAACUGCAGCGUAUUUGUCUAGCUUCAGACUGUCUAGAAGUGGUGCAGAGUGUGAUGGCUUCAUCUAUGGGAAAGUACGGUAUAAUUAUAAAGGAGAUCAAGGCAAGGAAAGCGGCUUUCGAUGAGAAAGCGCGCAAGGCAGGUCGCGUGAAGGCCAUAGGUGCAACUGUGCAAGACCUGAAGACCAGAUACACGCAUACGGGAGAGAAGGGAAAAGUAGAGGAUACAGUUGAGGUUCAGAGAAAGAGAGGGAAUGAGUUCAGAAAUAUCAUCAUCGACAAGCUAAUCUCCUGGAUUGGAACUACGAGUUCAGUUUCAGGAACCACCGACUCGGUCGUGGUUGAACAACCGGUCCGCCUGCAAGCAGUUAGGGGCAUGAGUGACAUUGCCUCCCUCUUCAGCGCUGGCUUGACCCCAAGGAAGCACAUGUCGAUCACUGAGAUCGCACGGAGCUGA